UUAGGAGACAUAGUACUUUUAGAAAGUGUGUGUCAGGUCAUUCAGCUAAUUCCCAAGUUUGGUAAAGAGGUAUCAGCGAGCAUAAACUGCAACAAUAAUCUGCAGCUGGCACAGGAGUUUUAUGUGAAUAAUUUCGCAGAUAAAGAGACUUUCCAUGCUAUUCUCAGCUACCAGUAG